AUGCACAACUCCGCGCAUCAAUGGCAGCGUCGUCCACUGCUCAGAGUCAUUCCGCUACUGCUGUACCUCCUUGGCGCGAACGCCAUAGCUUGGCAGCAUGGUGACACAUCUCCAGAUCUCGGAGGCAGUGCCGAACCGUGCGACUUUCACGCCCUGUGUAGCUGCGUCCGCGACCGUUCGAGAGCGUACUGCCGGGCAGUCCCCUUGACGACACUUCCGGAAACGAGCGGUUACUCUCACGUCACCAUCGAAGGUUGCGCGUCACUGAGCGUACUCAAGAACGCCUCCUCUCUGCGUCCCAGCGAGGUCACAUCCCUCCAACUAAACGAUAACCGGCUGAGCAGGAUCGAACACAGCGCGUUCGCGAACGUGCCAAACUUGACUAACCUAGAUCUGAGCCGAAACCGAUUGACGGAAUUUCCGGUUGGAACACUGCUCACGCUUACUCGCCUUCAGCGACUGGACCUGAGGUUCAAUAGCAUCGGCGAACUGGACGCGGCGGAACUGACGCAACUGGCGCGCAAACUCCUCAGCCUCAGGAGCCUCCAUCUUUCCGGCAACUGCAUUACCUCAGUCCGUGACGUCACUUUCUCGGCAUUCGGCAACCUGACUAUACUAGACCUGGACAACAACGACAUCCUCAAGAUCGAAGGCCGCCCUUUCCCGCCAUCUUUAGUGAGGCUCAAUUUGACUGGGAACCUCUUGGAACAGGUUCCAGGAAGCGUACUAGACGAACUCAGGAACCUUUCUUACUUGCUCCUGGGAGACAACGCGAUACAGCGCCUGGAUCCCAACUGGACCCUCCCAACGGAUCACCUGGACACGUUGAACCUAGCUCGAAACGCAAUCUCCCAGCUGCCCCAGCGAUUGUUCCAGAGGAAGAAGAGAGUCACAGUGCGCCAUUUAGUAGCCGAUAACUACCUCCGCUACCUGCCGCCGAACCUGUUCAGGAAAUUGGCUCCAAGACACGUUUCCUUCUCAGUGAACCAUCUCGAGUCCUUGCCCGAAGCACUCUUUCAAGGACUGGACGACGUCAUCGUCCACUUGGACUUGGCGCACAACAAGGUCAGCGGAUUUCCCCGUGCCAUCGCAAAGCUCCGAAGACUCAAGAUUUUGAACCUGCGCGACAACCAGAUCUCUGAGUUGGACGAGUAUGAUCUCUUUUCGUGCAGAGUCAGCUUACGCGUGCUCGACAUAUCGAGCAACGAUUUCGAUGCGAUCCCUCACGUCGCGCUCAAAUUCCUGUCGCGACUUCAGCUGUUGAACAUGGCCGACAACGGUUUGACGUCCAUAGAAAAUAGAGACUUCAAGCACGGUCUAGACGGACUUCUGUCUUUGGAUCUCAGCGGGAACAGGAUAUCACACAUCGAACAACAUGCCUUCGAAGCGCUUUCUAAGUUGGAAAGCCUAAGCCUCGCGAUUUCGGCGAUGGACUCGGGAGCGUUGACCGACCUUCCUCAACUCAGGGAUAUCGACCUAAGUUUCAAUAUGUUGUCAGAUUUCAACGUGCAGUUUAUCGUCAACCGUAACACUCCCAAUUCACUGAGACUCAACCUUUCACAUAACCAAAUAAGUCGCCUCAAGCUGCGUGGCGGAGCUGAGGACGUCAUCCUAAACGUGACUUCCCUGGACCUCAGCCACAACAUUAUCGAAAGCGUGGCCCGCCACUUUUUCUGGACGACGCGACACAGCUUGACGUCUCUCGACUUGUCCCACAACUUCCUGUCAACCAUGUCGGUCGAAAUGGCGUCCGAGCUACCGCGCGUCAAAUUCCUCGACCUGAGUCACAAUCGCAUCGCUAGACUCUCGCCCAGGUCCUUUCAGGCGUCCUCCCAGAUCCACGUGCUCCUUCUUAGCCACAAUCGGCUAUCGUCCCUCCACGAAGAGGCCUUCUCGAGGAUGGCUCGGCUUCAGGUCUUGGACCUCGACGACAACAGCGUCGCGGUGCUCCCGGAAGACGCCUUCGAAGAGACGCCCCUAGUGCAGGUCUCUUUGUCGCGAAACUCGCUGUCCAGGCCCUUCACCAAGGCGUUCGCGCCCGCUAGAGCCACCCUGACAAGCUUGGACCUGUCGCACAACCGAAUAAAGUUGAUCGCAGCGACCGAGUUCGACCACAUUUCGAACCUCGAGCACCUGAACCUGUCCUCCAACGAGAUACUGAUCCUACCGGGCCAGGUUUUCGCGAAUCUCAGCCGCCUUGUGCUCUUGGACGUGUCUCGAAAUCCGUUGCUCCGUGUGGAACCCGGGUCUCUGGACCUACCCGUAACUGUAAUGUCUCUCGACGAUUGCAACCUGACAUCUGUGCCGGAUGUGAACGCGCCGAAUCUCGUUGAACUCUCGCUCAGCUCAAACGCGAUCGCGAACGUGUCGGAGACAACGUUCGCAAAUUUGGGCAGGCUCCGAAAGCUCGACCUGUCGUCGAACCACGUUCAGAACAUAGACCCCGCGCUGUGGGUGCACGUGAGUGACCUGCGUAGCCUAGAUGUCUCGAGGAAUCCCGUCAGAGAGCUCGGCAGUGGAAGCUUCAAGCUGCUCCAUGCGCUCCGUGACCUCGACAUUACGGGUCUCAAGCUGGUAUUUCUGGAUGCUCGCACACUGGAACCGCUCAGGUGCCUACGCAGUGUCAGGACGAACACGUACUCGAGUGCGAGGGCCUUUAGACUCCAGGAGAUGCUGUUCCAGGCCAAGGCUCUUCAAAGGCUGGCGGUGCAAGUGGACGAGGCGACCCUCUCCUACCAAAUUCAGUGGGCCUUCAGCAAGAAGAUGCUUACCACGACGCAUGCGCAGAUCAAAGAGCUGAGCGUGAGCGGUGCCAAGCUGCGCUCGGUGGCGGCCGACGCGUUCGAAGGUCUGCACCCGCACGGCCCCUUCACGUUCCGGAUUCGGGACUGUCCUCUGCUGGAGACGCUGCCGGCCGCGCUCCUGCAGAGGUGGGCCGAGCUGCCCCGCCUCAGCGUCGACCUGUCGGACAACGCCGCGCUCUCGUCAUUCGUCGCCGAAGACGAAGAAGAAGCGGCGGCCCUCGGCAAAGGACGCACCGAAGGCACG